AUGGACGAUUUAAAAAGUUCAUUAGCACAAUAUAAUGAACAGCUUUGUACGGUUAGCGAGGCACUAAAGACCGCUAAAGAUGAAGAGCGCGAGUCUUUACUAGCUUUACAGUCGGAGUUACAAGAGCUAAUACAACUUACUGAGGAGAGUUUGGACACUGUAUCUACCACUGGCGCUUCUAGCAAAGUUGAGGGUCUAAAAGCGGAGCAAAAUGAACUGGAUGAUGAAUACGCUCUGUUUAUGAAAGAAAUGGCACAAUGUGGUGCACAUGAAAGUAAUAGUCAAAAUAAAGCUGGAUCAUCAAAAGAUAGCAGUCAACAAGAGGAUGGGGACAGUGAUAUUGAGGAUGAAUUAGCUACCCUACUAGGCAUGAAGUGUGCUGUGUACCACACACACAAAUGGGGUGGGCAACCAACCCUGCACAAUGCAAUGGUCAGUGCUGUGGAGCCCCGUCAAGAUGAUGACCAGUUCAACGAUCUACAAGUACGAGUCCUGUACACUCAUCCCACACAUUCUGAAAUGCUGCCUUGUCCUUUUUACUUGGAUGGAGAGUGCAAGUUCGAUGAUGAAAAAUGUAGAUAUUCCCAUGGAGCUUUAGUAAGACUAUCAAAUUUGAAAGACGCAAUGGAACCCGACUUCAGUUCUAUUAGAGUGGGGAGCAGAGUUUUACUAAAAAUUAAGCCACCAGAUGAUCAGGAUAUAAGUUUAACAAAGAAGUCAUCAGAAAAAUACCACCUCUGGCACAGAGCAGUAGUGCGAAGUGUGGAUUUUGACAAGCAAACGUGCAUAGUUAAACUGGAACACGGUAUCAAGACUGGGGAGAAGAGGAAAUCCAUUUCUGAUGAACACUUUGUUAAGUUUGAAGAUAUCUUCCCAUUGAAUAAUGAAAAUGACGAAGACUCAGAGUCAGACGAAAGCCUGAGCGACACGGAAUAUCCAACAAACAAAUCAGUGCGUCAGGAAGAAACGAGCGGGAACGAGCACGGGCGGGCCUUGCUCAUUGAAAAGAGCCUGCAGAAUAACGCGCCUGCUAUGGGCGAGUGGGAGAGGCAUACUAGAGGCAUAGGUUCAAAGUUGAUGUUAGCAAUGGGCUACGUGCCGGGCACUGGACUGGGCGCGACCGGCGAAGGACGCGUGCGCCCGGUUGAGGCGCGGGUACUGCCCGUCGGAAAGAGCCUUGAUCAUUGUAUGGCCAUUUCUGAGAAGGCUGCAGCUCAGGAUCCGGUUAAGGUGGAACAAAAACUAAAGAGAAUGCAAAAAAGAGAAGAAGAACGCAACAAGAGAGCGUACGAACGCGAGAAAGAGAAGGAACGACGCAACGUGUUUAAUUUUUUGAACAGAACUCUAGGCUCCACGCCCGACGAGUCGGAACCAUCAAAAUCGUCAAUGGACAUAAAACAAUCGACAAGCAAAGACUUAAACAUUGAACAAUUUAAAAUCAUGGAAGACACGAAAAAAGCAGAACGAGAAAUCAUAAAAUUAAACAGCAGUUUAUCGAAAUACCAACCUGGCACACCUGGUCACAGGAACAUUAAUAUGCAAAUAUCGGAAAAGAACAAAGAAUUGAACCAGCUUAGAAGUAAAGAACGCGAGAUUACAAAGGAACAGAAUCAUAGGAAAAAUAAACAAAAAAUGACUGUUUUUUAAUUCCUAUUUAAAUGUUACAUUAUGUAUUUAAUGAGUCGUGUUUUAUUCCAGCGUGACUAUAAUUGUAAAAUUAAUUACUUAAGCAAUAAACCCUGGUAGCCUAAUGGUUUUGAUAUGCCGCCUUUCAAGCAGAGGUCUUGGGUUCGAAUCCGGGCUCGCACUUCUGAGUUUUUCAUAAUUUAUGUGCGAAAUUUAAUUUGAAAUAUACUAUGAACUUUUCUGUGAAGGAACACAUCGUGAUGAAAUCUGCACGUCGAAGAAGGUUCACAACGCUUGGAAAACGUGUGAAGUCCCCAACCCGCAUUGGGUCAGACUGUGGCGGACUAUAGUCUAAACCUUCGCCUGAGAGAGACUCGUGCUCAGCAGUGGGGUGUAUAAAUGGGUUGCUAAUGGUAAACAAGAUAGAUAAGAAGUCGUGAUUGCGUCGGUUGUAGUCUCAAAAAAGUAGUAGUUUUCCUAUUCACACUGCAAUAAAUAGGCUUAUUCCAGAAGCACCAUUUUUUAAUCUCGAGAACCACAGCACCUAGCUUAGAUCUGAACGCACUCACAAAAAGUCGUAAUUUAGGUUGUAGUCGCAAAAUUUAGUUCAGGUUUUUUCGAGAUUCAAAUUAGUGCCGCCAGAUUAAGCUUAUCCCAGCGGCGGACCGACAAAAUCCACUUUUCUGCGACUAGAGGCAAACAAAAUCACAACUGCGCCACAGACUAAAUAAUAAUAACGCACAUAAUCAACAUAGCCCCGCACUAGGGACACCCUGUGUCGCGGGUGCGAUAGACACAAACAUAGACAACCACAAAUUACACCCAAAGUUCUGACGAAUGACAUUAAACGUAAUUUCAUUUUAAGAACUGAAUUGCUGAGUUUGUGAAAUAGAAAUUGCCAACAUUAAUGUGCUAAACGUUAAGAACGAAUGAACAAUAAACCACAUUAAUAAUAUAUAAUAUAGGAUAGGCAAAGAGUACCUUGUUACAUACUGUAGGACUGUAGGAUAAGUGACAUAAUAAUGUGGGGUACGUCAUAGUGACCAAGUAGUUUUAUUAAUGGGCAGCUUCACAUUUAUAAGUCUGCUUUGUUCUUGCUUAGUAAAAUUAUUAUAAAAACUUGAUUAUCGUUAUGCUGGCAUAAGAUACGCUUUAAUAAAAUUUAUUUAUAUUUACUCGAUAACUAGAAAAAUUUUCUUAAAUAAAAAUAUUUUAACUGAUUUAUAUGUUAAGAUUCUAUUAAGUGUUCUCUUG